CAAGCGUUGACUCAACUACAAAUAGAAGAACCCUGUGCACAGUGGACCGGCUGCCAACUCGACGGUUUUCCUAUAAUAUAAGCGUACAGGGCAUUUCUUGCUUUGCCAGAACAGCCCCCAUUCUCUUUGGCAUGAGCUUCGCGGCCCACGCCAAGUUAUUAAUAUCAUAACGUCGUAUCGCUGGUAUUACUGCCUGCCUGCUUGCCUACUUACCUACCUACCUACAUACGUACGAAUGCAUACUACAUAAGCAGGUCUCAUAGAAGAAUUGGCCCCUUUUUUAAAUCAACACUCCGCGGCAACGCCCGUCAUCUUCAGAACGGCAUACUUUUAUGAAAGGAGGAAGAAAAACACUCGUCCAAAGGCUACCAUCUCGCAACUUCAAGACCAAUAAUCCCCCCCUCCCUCCCUUCGUAAACCCCUCCUACCCCGCAGACCUUUUGCUCUCAUCCGAACCACCUCGCUACGUAUCGAGCUGCCAACCAGGAAGUCCCAUCCCCCUGUUUGGACGCCGGAUUUUCUUCUUUCUUCUGUUUGAAGCGUCACAGGCUCGGUCCGAUGCGAUGUCGUUCAGUGCGUCGUCGGGGAGCAGCAAGGCGGGAACGCUGGGCGGAUAUGCUCGCAAGCUAUCCAUCAUCACCAAGCCCAGCAUGACCAUUCACAUCGACAACCAUUAUCAUUCCAAAGUAUACACGACCUCCUCAGAAAUAUCAGGCCAUAUCACGAUCAGUCCCCAGAGCGAUGUACGAUUUGAUGCCCUUCAGAUUGUCUUAUUCGGAACCAGCAAGACCCGCAUAGACACUGUCAACAUUCCGCAAGCCACUUCCCAUAACUUCCUCAAACUCACAAUGCCGAUUCCAGAAUCAUCGUACCCAGUGCCGCGCAUAUUCGAGGCGGGUAUCAAUUACAACGUUCCGUUCACAUUUGUCAUCCCCAGCACUCUUACGCUCAACGCGUGCCACCAUCAAGUUGCGAACGAUUCCGUCCAGGAACAUCACGUUCGACUACCGCCCACGCUCGGCUCUUGGGAGAGGGACGAUUUUUCACCCGACAUGAGUCGAAUCCAAUAUACUAUCAAAGGACGAUUAUAUGCAGACGAAGAGGCGGGCGCACCCCAUACGAAAAUCAUGGAGGCUAGUCGAGAGAUCAAAGUCCUGCCAGUUGUUACCGAAGACGCACCGUUGAAUAUCACCAAGUACGACGAUUUGUACACUAUGUCCAAGCGGAAGACGCUACGUAGGACGAUCUUGUCGCCGAAGUCCGGCAAGGUAUCUCUCACGGGCACCCAGCCACGCGCAGCUAUGCUCAGUCCAGACGGGCAGACGAUUACGCCGACCACGGUGCCGCUUGAGCUCGAGUUCAUACCGGCUGCAAGCGACGUGAUACCUCCAAAGGUCACGGGGGUGUCCGCUAAAGUCACAGCGGUUACAUACUUCAGCUGCAACGGUAUUAAUCAUUACCCCAAUCUCCAGGAUGGGCACCCGUCCUUCGGCCCCGGCGGGCGUGGCUCAUACUCUGGAACGACCUCGGUUUGUGUUGGCCCCGUCGACGACGCGAAAUGGGGCCGUCGCUUGCUGGCUCAAGCGAGGCCAGACUCGGGGUCCGGCACCGAAGUCAUCUCAGCGUCGGACUCGGAUCAUUCUCCCAUAAGCACCUCCAAAGCCUCUGCUACGAAGAAGGGCAAAACGAAGACCAUAUCGCCUCCGUUCUCCUACACUGCCCGGCUACAAAUCCCAGUUCAGUUGCCAGCGCAGAAGAAAGCAUUCAUCCCCACGUUCCAUUCGUGCAUCUCGUCGCGCGUCUACGUGCUCUGGGUUACGGUGUCGCUCGCGUCCGGCGGAGCUACCGCACACCUGACGCUCGGCCUGCCGCUGCAGAUCGGCGUCAGCCCGUCGGGCGUGCACGACACGGGACUUCCCCCGAGCUUCGAGGAGGCCCAAGCCCAGGAGCUUGCCGAGGAGGCGGACGCGUACCUAGGCCCCCGCCAGCUCACCGGCCGGCCCAACGUCGAGCCUCGCCGCCGCGAGCAAACCCCCGUGCUCCCCGGAUAUGCGGAUCUGAUGCAGAGCGAUCACCACAGGCGGAUCGUGGCCGCUCACUGAGGCCCGAGCGACGUGGAUGCUCGCCUUUAAUUUUAUGGUUUUUCUCUCUCUCUACUUUAGGCCCGGAAGCAGGCUGUAAUGAAACUGGGGCCCUGGUAUAUCACAUAAUCUUGGGGGUGAUUCUGCCUGUUUUACCUCUCACCGUUCUAUCUUGGAAGAGAGGGGCGGGAGGCAACUUGACCUGCGCGGCGUUCAGGUAUCGGGGAUUGGAUUAAAUUCACGUCGUGCGUCUUCACCAGAUGUACCUAUACACAUUCCAGGUUCAAAACAAUGUUAACGAUUAAUGCCUACGCGAGAUGGUAGCCCCCACGACUGGGAGCUUGGGAAUCCGAAACGGGCGCUCUCUGUGUUAUGUGAAACGCAUAGAAAUACACCUUAAUAAUACAUGAGGGGACUCUACGAGCCCUACCUGUUUCUCCGAAACGUCACAAUGCCUCCGGGAUAUCAUGUCGGAACGAAAUCCUAUAAACACUACCAGAUACAACCAGAAUCUCUUACCGCUACCCACGCAACUGGAUAGACUUUUGCGAUGAUAAGUUGACUAUUAUGCGACUCGCCUUCGAGCAAAGUCUUCGCCACUUAUUAAUAUCACGAUGACACUAAAAGGUGAUCUGGUUAUGCAAUAUAGGGAAAACUAGUUAUUUAACGAGAGUAUAUAGUCAAUUCUUAUAGCCUUUAGCAACUUCCAC